AUGUCUAAUCCUCCGCGAGAGAGUCGUCCUCGCAGGGCGAGAAAGAACCGACUGCAACCUCAAACCGGCUCUGGCUGUCGGAGGAGUGGACGAUUGCAAAAGAAGCCUCCAGUUUCCUACGCACAGAAUGCGCAGCCAAACCGCACAAAACGAACGCACUCUGUCGAACCGAUAGUGAAAUCUUCGACACCCCCGCCAUCUAUUCAUAGCCUGACGGAGGAGAACCUUCGACUAUUGAAUGAGCAGGAGAUGUCCAAGAGGAAAAAGACGGGCGAAGAGACCAUGACCAACACGAAGCGAACCAUGACCAGAAGCAAGUCAGCACCUAGCACUAAUGGGGGCUAUCGAAUCCACCGUCUCAAGGCCGUUAACAUCUUAUUCGAUGGCACAAUUCCUGAGCACUUACAAGCUGCGAUCGACGACAUUGUGAGAGUAAAGGCUCCGUCGGAGGAGCGCCGAGCCGUGAUCCGCAACGCUGCUGAACGAUUCUACCAUUCUUGUCGAGGUAUCAGUAAUGAUAGAAGUAUGGAAGGCGAUUUUGUCGGUGUGUGUCGUGAUGCGCUUCGAGAUUUGCUGAGACCGGGUAUCUUUAUUCGACAAGAGGCCCAUUGGCGAUGCGAAUUCAAGCCAGGUAUAUCAGAGGGCAACCCGAUCUUCCGAGUUGACGAAGGGACCCCUGCAAUCAAAACACCCUGUCCGGAUAUCACAGUAGGUAUUGGCGAAGAGACGUUCUUGGAGACUCUGUCCUCACCGGGGCUCGGGCUCUCCAAAACUCAGGCCCGGAACUUUGUUCGAAGACUUGAGACAGAAUAUGACUCUGUAGGCCCGGAUGGAGAAAGGCUAGGCCUAACAAUCCUGGGAAGUGGCCGCGUCUUCUUUCCUAUUGUGACAGUUGAGGCAAAGGCUUAUCUAACCGGAAAGCAAGUCUCGGAAGCACAAAAUGAGGCCGCGGUUUCGGGAGCGAGUGCCCUAAAUUUCCAGCUUCGUCUCACGGAGAUGGCGAAGAGCUCAGCCGCGGAGUUUGACGAUAAACAAUAUAAAUGCCCACUCUUCUUUUCCAUCUGCACCGAAGGACCAUACCACGAACUGUGGGUUCACUACACCUUUGUCGAGGAAGGUCAGCGUAUGUUCGACAUGAAGCUGGUCAAGAUCUGCAACGUGAUGCUGAAGGAGACCGUCGAAGACUUCUUCUUCGCGGUAGAUGGUGUCUUGAGCUGGGGUGCCGGCGCCUUUCGACAAUCGGUGGUAGACCGGAUGCGAUUGGUGGCCAUCAAGAAGACAUUGGACAAAGGCGGCGAAACGAACCCAGCGAGUUGA